GUUGCGCAGCCAUUGGUACCUGUAUUGGGGAAACAUAGCAUACAAGCAAGAAGCUUACAGCCUCAGUGGCGAAAAUUUUUUCAUGUCAGAGACCGAGAACUCUUGCAGUCGUUUAUGUCAUCCCUUCUUCUCCAGACAGAAGAUACCAAAAAGUUUCAAUCAAAGAUCUCUUCAUCUUAUUGAUAAACUCACUAAUAAGCCAAAAUGUCUGUCAACGUCAACCGCAGCGUUUCAGACCAGUUCUAUCGCUACAAGAUGCCCCGUCUGAUUGCCAAGGUUGAGGGCAAAGGAAAUGGAAUCAAGACAGUUAUAGUCAACAUGGUUGACGUUGCAAAGGCGCUUAAUCGGCCUCCAACGUAUCCCACCAAAUACUUUGGUUGUGAGCUGGGAGCACAGACCCAGUUUGAUGUAAAGAAUGACCGGUACAUUGUCAAUGGAUCUCAUGAGGCGAAUAAGCUGCAAGACAUGUUGGAUGGAUUCAUUAAAAAAUUUGUUCUCUGUCCUGAGUGUGAGAAUCCUGAAACAGAUCUGCAUGUGAAUCCGAAGAAACAAACCAUAGGUAAUUCUUGUAAAGCCUGCGGCUAUCGAGGCAUGCUUGACACACAUCAUAAACUCUGCACAUUCAUUCUCAAAAACCCACUGUCCAGCAGUGAGACCCCACCCCCGCCACCCCCAAGUGAGAUGAGCCCGCCCCCUCGGGCUGUGGAGGAGGAGGAGGAUGAUGACUGGGGUGAGGAUACAACUGAGGAGGCGCAGCGGCGCAGGAUGGACGAAAUCAGUGACCAUGCCAAAGUCUUGACGCUCAGUGACGAUCUGGAAAGAACUGUAGAAGAGCGUGUGAAUAUCCUGUUUGAUUUUGUUAAGAAAAAGAAAGAAGAGGGCAUUAUUGAUUCAUCCGACAAAGAAAUUGUUGCUGAAGCAGAAAGACUAGAUGUAAAAGCCAUGGGCCCUCUUGUUCUGACUGAAGUUCUUUUUAACGAGAAGAUUAGAGAACAAAUUAAGAAAUACAGGCGUCAUUUCCUCAGAUUCUGUCACAACAACAAAAAAGCUCAGCGGUACCUUCUUCAUGGUUUGGAGUGUGUGGUGGCGAUGCAUCAGGCUCAGCUCCUUUCCAAGAUCCCACAUAUCUUGAAGGAGAUGUAUGAUGCAGACCUGUUGGAAGAGGAGGUCAUCAUCAGCUGGUCAGAAAAGGCCUCUAAGAAGUACGUUUCGAAAGAACUUGCCAAAGAGAUUCGUGUCAAAGCAGAGCCAUUUAUAAAAUGGCUGAAGGAGGCAGAGGAAGAAUCUUCCGGUGGUGAAGAUGAGGAGGAGGAUGAAAACAUUGAGGCCGAGGCGGGGGGCCGGGGUGGCGCUGCGUGGGGCCGAGGGGAAGAGCGUGCGCAGGCUGCCUGGGAGUCCCGACCUCACGCUCAGAGGCUCCCGCGGAGCCGAGUGGGCGCGGACGCCGCAGACGGCACGGCUGGUGAGCGGCUCGGCUCUAGCGCCCGCAGGGCAGGGCGACGGGCGGGGAGCCGUCCCGGGACCGCGGAGCGAGCGAGCGAGCUCAGAAUCAGGGCGGCGCCCGCUCCACCCGGCGCCUUCCGGGGCCUCCGUGAGGUGGAGCUGCGUUCGAGUGUGCGGGAGGACAAGGAGCUGAGUUCAAGGCAGCAGGGCCCGCGCUGCAGGCUGAGCAACCCGGGCUCCGGCCGCACGGCCAGAAGCCGGCUGCUGGCGGAGGACCGAGGGCGCGGGCUCCCGGGGACGGGGCGGCGGCGGGACCGAGGGCGCGGGCUCCCGGGGACGGGGCGGCGGCGGGACCGAGGGCGCGGGCUCCCGGGGACGGUGCGCUAA